AUGGAAGUUGAAGUUAAACAAACUGACGGUUUCUACCUCAAAGCAUUGGUAAAUGACAUCUCUGACGACAGUUUCGAUGUUAUUUAUGACAAUGGAUGGCGAAAACCAGAAUGGGUCAAGUUUGAACAAUGUCGGGUAGAAGUGGACGCGUCUUCAGAUAAAGCAAAGAACCAGCAACCGGUGAAAGUUGGGGAUGUUGUUGAUGCUUAUGUUCGUUAUGAGGGGGACAAGCGGGCUUGGCAUUCAAUGAAGAUUCGCGAUAUUAAGAAUUGUUUUGCUGUUGUUGAAGGAAAUGAGGGCCAAAAUGUAAUCAAUGACAUUGUUCCCAUCACUGAUUGCCGACAUCCAAACCUUUCGAUGGUCGUCACGAAUUCUUCAAUCCAAAGUUGUGUAAUUCCUGCUGGCGAUUUGUUUGAAUAUUUUGAGCAGAGUGAUGAGCGUUAUAAGGUUCUUCGUGAGUCAAUCACCGGCAUUCUUAUCAAACUUGAUAAAGAGAAAAAGGAAUUGGUUAUUAAGGCUCUGUCUCCAACAAUUAUCAAAAAAGUCGACAUCUUGAAGGAUGUGUUUUUGACGAAUAGUCGACAGAAGAUGACUUUGAUUCAGCGGCAAGAGGAACAGAAGAAAAUGUUGUCCAUUCACGAGCCAAACAUUGCGGCGCCUCUUCUAGUUGAGUUUGAUGUUUCAAUUAAUUUUAUGGGAAUGGCUAUUGGCUCUCAAGGCGCUAAUAUUACUUCAGCGCGCAGUCUUGAUGGAAUUAAGGACAUUAUUCUUGACGAAUCUACUCGCAAUCAAGGAUUUUGCAAGUUUAAGAUUUAUGCCAAUAAUGCUGAAGCUGCUGAGCGUGCUCGCAAUAUGUUGGAAAUCUCACAACAGCAAAAAUUGGUUCCUCAAGGACGUGUUGGACAAGUUAUUGGGAAGCAAGGAAAGACUAUUCAGGACAUUGUUGACAAAAGUGGUGUGCUUCGUGUUCAAAUUGGUGAUGAAAAUCCAGAGCAGGGGAUGGUUCCGCUCACAUUUACUGGCACUCGUGAAGCUUUGAUGUAUGCUGAACUUAUGGUUGAUUUUCAACUUAAACAUAUUUCUGAAAUGGAUGCUAUUAGACUCGAGGAAGAAGAAAUUCGUCGUAAGCUUUACAUGUCUCGAAGCUCGCCAUAUAAUGCUCAUUACGGAAACAAUUCGAAUCAGUCUGUUCAACCUUAUCAUCGCAAUCGACCUGACGGUGGAAAUGCUCGUGCUGUUAAUGGUGGUGAUGGUGGCGAUCGUCGUUCGAUGGGCGUAAGUGGAUAUCGUGGAACUGGAGGUGGUGGUGCUGGACAGGGAGGACAGCGUUUUCCGAUUAGAGAUGGCGGUGCUGGUCAACGCGGUUCAGGUGUUACCACCGGUCGUUUUCAAUCCAAUCAAAAUUCUGGAAAUACUUUUGGGGCUCGUCCUCAAGGAGGUAAUCGCUAUUUGGGACGUUCUGCCGGCGGUAGGGGAGGAGGCACUGGAACUGGUCGACCUGGACAGGGACAGCGUUUUCCUGCUAGAGAUGCUCAGCGUUCCGUUGAUGCUGAAGAGAAAAGCCCUCCACUUGAACAGAAACAGCUUCCUGCUCAAAACCGUCAGGACAGUGAUGAUAGCAAAAGUGUUGAGGAUAGUUCUUAUAAUGGCGCUCUCAGCAGCACUGAACAUUCUGACAAGACUUCCAAGCAAAAUUCUGAAAAUAUUCCGCAUAAGGGUGGCUAUGGUGGAGGAAGUUCGAGAAGCACUGGUGGAAAUGCUCCAGCGCGUAAUCGUCGAGAAAACGUUUGUUUCAAAAUUUUUUUUCGUUUAAAAAAUUCUUGGCUCUUGUUCAGUUUUAGCGUCCAAUCGCACCUUUAUACGUCCAUUCAACUUUUUGCGUCCAAUUACAUUUUUUAA